AUGGGCCGGCGGGGCAGGCGACUGCCGGAUCCGCGCGAAGCCGCGGGGCGAGCGCGGCCCCCACCCCUUCCUUCCCUCCCUCCCCGCGGCCCGGCUCUCGCCCGCCUCUCAGCGCCGCCGGCCCAGGCGGCUCGGCCUGGGGACGCGAUUCAACAUGGUGCUGCUGCCGGGGGCGCGCGAGCGGGCGAGGGGAAAGGCGAGCCGACGCUCCGCGGGGCCCUCGCACACAUUCACGCGCGGCCUCCGCCGCGGCGGCUGGGGCGUCCCCGGGCAGAAAGCACCGGCGGCAGCCGAGCCGCUGCGCGCCGCCCGCCCGCUUCCUUCCCCGCCAGCCUCCCUCUCUGCCGCCGCCAGCGCCGCCGCCACGGCCGGGCAGCCAGCGCCGCACAGCGACCCCCGAGGGCCGGCCGCGGCACUGCGCCUGGCUCCACACCGCCCCGGCAGCUCCUCGCGGGGAACAAUAGACUCGGCUCGCCGGGCUUAGGGUUCAUCUGCAAUGUGCCGCACAUUUCACACGCACACAAAGCCGGCGGAAAGGGGGGCGGCGCGGGGAAACGGCCACUACCGGUUGUUCCAGGGUUAGGGGUGGAGGCGAUGUUCGCGUCCCCGGCCCGGCUGUUGGAAGGGCCGCCUCUGAGUCCCUGCCAGCCCGACACAACCGGUCUGGCGCUCGGGAGGGAAGGGAAGCUCCGAGGGGCAGCUCCUCACGCUACGCAUCAUUCACAGAUCGGAAUAAAGUCAUAUUUGUUACCUUUUUUUUUUUUCCCCAAGGUCUAAAGGAAUCGGCUUUUCUGAGCCUUGUGCUAGUAUUUUGGGGCCUGAUUAGCACAUUUUCCAUGAAUUAUCCACAAACUAACUUUAGCAAACUGUAAAUUAAAUACAAUGUGAACUGUCUGUCCUAGUUCUGUGGAAAUAUAGUAAUGCUCUUAAUUCAUCUUGCCUUUGGUUUCACAUAUCAAACUAGAUUAUUUUAUGCUGAGUUAUGCAAACAGUAAUUAAACUGGUUGGGAACCAAUUCUUUGAACCUUAACAAUAAUUAACGUUUAUAUUUUUACAUUAAGAUAUCUUAAAGGUAGAAGCGCUUAAAUAGUGAAUAAUGCCUUGUUUUUCCUUGCUUUCUCUCAAAUGUCUUAAAUGCCAUCCCCGUGGAAAAUAUUUUGAAGGUUAAUAAAGCUGCUUAAAGGGAGACUAAUCUCAACAAAUACUCCCACCUAAGUUUGCAUUUACAAGGGGUGCUGGAGACGGCCCUUUGCUACAAAUGCUAAUUAAGCUUCACAGUGUGGGGCGUAUCUUUAUUCCCAUUUUAGUGGUCGCCACUAUUAGCAAAGUCAUCGACUAACCCAAGGUCACAGGCUUAUACAGGUCUGGAUGAUUAUUUCAGGUAGUAGUUCCAAUGGGAACAUUUAUUUGCUGGUGAAAAAAAAAUUAUGUAAUGUAGUCCAGCAUGCUUCCGGUGCUCACUCUAGGAAACGGAUUUAUUUCCCAAGUAAAGUUUGUCUCUUAAAUGGGGUUGGAAUGAGACUGUGGCUAGGAAGUUCCUGACACCCAAGGGCCAGUGAGUGUCUGAGACGGAAGCCAGUGAAAGGCGGAGACCCAGCUGGGGGAGUGGAGAAGCUGGGCCGGGGCCGGAGGCAAGAAGCGGGGGGUGGGGUAGGAGGGAGACCAGGUCAUCUGUCCCUUCCCCCACCGGUCCUCUUAGGGGUGGUGGAGAUGUGGGCCGCAGAGCUGCGAGGCCGGCGCUGUGCGGAUUCCCUAAACGCCGCACUUGCGCACAGCCCCUUACGUAACUGUCAGCGCCGGGGAUUCCCUAGAGGGGGUCAUUCUAUUCAACCAUUACACACACCCCGGGCUGCUGCCGCCGCGCCGCCGCCGCCUCACAAAAUGGCGGCGCCCAUAGAGGAGACAGCGGCCGCCUCCUCGGCCCCAUUUUGUGGGAGGCGAGAGAUCUGUCAACAUGGAAUACCUCUGCUGAGGAUGCAUCCGAGUUUGGAGAUCCUGUUGAAGAGAUGGAGCCGAGGGGAAUCUCGUUCAACGGAAAAUGUCAACGACUUCUAGCACCUCCACGCUUUUUAAAAAAAAUUAUUAUUUUCAUUUUCUCGAAGGAAGCGCCAGAAGCCGCCGGGGUAAUUGUAACUAAGGGGAGAAGGGAAAGCUGCGGCGUCUCGGUCGCUUUGGUUGCUCUUCCGCGCUCCCGGCAGCUGACCGCGAUUUCGCGGAGGGUCGCCUGAGCCGCCCGUCCCGCUCCGAGGGGACGGGGACAGGGCGACGUGGAACGACAGCGGCGGCCUUAGUAGCGCCACUUGUGCAGCGAGACUUUUCGGUAGUUUUUAAAUGCCAGAGUCCACAGCACCGUCGGUACCCCUCGUCAGAGUCGUGGGCUUUGGGAACCUCGGACGCCUUUGCUCCGGGAACUCGCGGUCGGCCGGGAGCAGGGAAGCCGGGUUGCGGGGAGCGGGCCGCACUCGGGGAUUCGGGCCGCCCUGGCCCACCGGGUGGUCGCGAUCCGGACCCGGGUCCUGGAUGCUGCUGGUGGGGCAGGAGUGAGAACGAGGGCAUGUACACUGAAAUUUAGGUCGUCCGAGUCGGGAUCUAGGGUUGUAUGUUGAUAAUGUCUCCGGUCAGACGUCAGAACAUCUUUUCUAGCAUCCCACUCUGCAGUGGGCAUAUCGGUCUCAUUUCAUAUCAAAGGGCAGAGUGGAGAAAUGGCAUUUAUUUUUAUUUUUGAAGGGGAGGUUGCCACUUUUAAAGCACUGCUUGCUGUUAAUGUGUGUUUAUGUGUAUACACACCUGCAUAUACAAUAGUGUGCUUUGCUUUUAAGUACGAGUAUCGAAGGGCAAAGACCUGGAGUGGGAAUCUAACGUUUUCAUGCCCUUAAAAAAAAUUAAGAUGUAAUGUGUAACUGAAGAGUUGACUUUGAAAAAAAAAAAUCUUUCUCUGAAAAGAACCCAUCAUAUUCAAAAUGGACUCCUAAAGUAUAUCUGAUGGGUAGAAUAUAAAUUCAUAACAUUUUGGAUAUACUCUAGUCAAAGAAAAAAAACCCAUAAAAUUUGAUGUUUCACAGAUUACUACACGAUUCAACUUCCCCAAGACCAGAAAAAUGUAAGGCAAAAGUAAGCUAUUGAGGGUAUUCGCUUGUAAGAGGAAUGCUUACAUGGUUUAAGGGAAGGGGAGGAGGUUCACUGAUGAAACUUAAAUGUGCAUUAUACAAGUAAUUUAUUUACAAAAAAAAAAAAUUAUUUUACAGUUGCAGCAAUCAUUUGUAUUUGCAUGACUUUUUCUUUUUUUGUAGGUGUUUUGGCAGUGUUGAUUUUGACCCUCAUAUUUCCUCUCUAGGGCAAAGCUGCAUUUUUCUGCAGGCUACGUCUCAAUCACUAAGUUCCAUGCCCUGCCGCACCCGAAUGCUAGUUCUGGUGUGUGCAUUACCAAGAUACAGUUUCGGAUCCUGUGUGUUCCUACUGAUGUUCUUUAUAUUUAAUAAAUUUAGUGACCACUAACCAGUCUGUAUCUCUUGCAAGAAUACCCACCGUAUCUUAGCACCCAAGUACCCAGAGUAUUUUUUUAUGGGAUUGUACUAACAGGAACCCUAGAGAAUGGUAUUACGCUUCUUUGUACCAUACUGCAUUUCCUAUAGUGGGCAGCAUAGAGCAGGUGGAUCCUGGAAGAAAAUGAUAGAGGAGUGCAACAGUUUUACAAUAUUCUUUAAUAUUCUCUAAUUUGAUGAUGUAAAUAAAAAUAAUUCAUAGUUUUCAAGCAUCAAUAGAAAUCAUUCCUAUAAAAAGUACCAGUGACAGUGGAAAUUGUUGAAACUCAAUUUGUAUAGUUUACUGUUCUGAUGAGAAAUGUUGACAAAGCCUUUUUGAUGUGAAAAAAUGCAAAAAGUGUGGUUUUUAAUUGUAACUGCAAACCCUACACAUCAUAAUUACAAGUUUGUUAUUUUAUAUGCACCUCUGAUCCUUAUAAUCAGUUUUAAUAUUAUAUAAAACUUAGAAAACUAAACCAAAUUUCAAAUCAAGCAUGUCAGGUUAUAAAAUUACAACAGCUGAACUACCUUAAUUGAGGAAUUGGUACAUCGAUUCACUGGAGACAUUUUUGGAUUUUAAGUUACUCUAUGGUUUAAAAGAAUUGGUUGAACAAGGCAGUUGAACUUAAAAGUUUUAUGUCUUUAAAGAUGAUCUUAAGAGGAAAGGAAUUGUUGGUAAGAUAAGAGAAUGCUUUCACCUUUUGCUGCUCUUGCCCGUGUCUACUGCUGUACUUUUUUAUGUGGGCUAACUUGUCUUGUUUGAACCUUUGAUUAUAAUAUCAAAUCAUAGAUAAGGUCUUUCUUCAUGAUAGCGACUCUUAAGGAUUACUUGUAACUACGCUUUUAAAAAGUGAGGACAUAGUUUAUUCUACUGCAGGUUAAGGUUUUAAGUAGAUAUUCUGAAUUUGCAGUGGACAGACUUUUGAAUGGUUUGUUCCUAAAGGGUCUGAUAAGUUUUGGGAUAUUUCUUUGUUGUAAUUUCUUUUCAAUAGAUAUUAAAGACUAUGCUUUGUACAUAAAUCCAGUGUAGUAAGACUUAAUAAUUUAAAAAACUAUAUUUUAGCCAAUUAUAGUGUUCUUUUGAGAAGCAUCCCCAAAUGUGCUUUUCACAGGGAGCUGUUCUCAUUAGGUCAGUUACCUAAUCUUGAAUUUUUUUAAUUGUUACGGGUUUAAGGUGCUACAUUUGUGCAUUGUUAUUUAUUUCAUCUAAUUUGGUCACUAAAAAAGAACAGUAGGCCCCAAACUAACUGUGCUCUUUAUAAAGUACCACAGUUUUUACUAGUUUAAUGGUUUGUUUAUAGUAUUUUAAAAGUUAUGAAAACUAGGAGAGCAUAAAUACUAAACCAAGGAAAUAAUUAUUUUUUUAUCAAUGCAGUUUACUAAGUCACUGAAUAAAUACUUACUGAAUGCCUACAUUGGGCAAAAUGGGAGAGGGCGAGAGAAAUUGACUUGGCCCUCAAGGAAAUUAUACUCCAGUAUACUAGAUUUUUCUUAACUGCUAGCUUUAGAAGAUUAUAACAAAAUAUUCAGACCAUAGAGUUCUUAAUUUUUAACACUUAAGCAGGAUGUUUAGCAUAGAGUUAAAUUCAAAAUUCUACUUAGAAUAGAGACAUUUAAAUAUAAUUACAUACAAAAUUAUAUUACUGUUAGGAUCAGUGUAGUAUUACUGUUAUUCAAAGUGCUGUAAAAAUAUUAAUAGCAGCAUUUAAAUCACAUCCUUUGAAAACUCAGAUCCACAAAAAAUAUGAUUCCAGUAAUUAACUUUUUAAUUAUGGGAAAAGCAAGGGAGUGUAAAAAAUAUACUACUGAGCAAACGAACAGGAAUUGUUUUAAUGAAAUUUGAUUUUCUGUUUCAAUUUUUUGGUACAUUGACUCUUCUGACAUUGCACUUUGCUAUUAAUUUAAAAAAAUUAAACUCCAAAGACACAUUAAUUCUGUAUUUAAUGCAAAUUUAAUUCUUGACUAGCUGUAAAGCUUAAAGAGUUGGCAGUCUUGUUGGUGAAACAAUAAAAUAGGAAUUAGGCUGAAAUGCAAAACUAUGUAAUAAUUAGGUUUCAUAAAUACAUAUAUAGGUUUUCCUCUAUAGCUAUAUGAAUCAGAGAAGUAUUGACUUAAUAAUAAUUUAUUUAGUUUUUGUUUUUCUCUGAAAACAUACCACAAACUGCAUGUCAAAAUUGAAAGUCAACCAGAGCCAGUGUAAAUUGUUGAGGCUUAUUGCCAUCCAUUAAGGGAAAUUCUAACCAAAGGUUUAGUGGCAACAAUUUUAAAGGUGCCAUGGUUCUUUGACAUAAUUUGUGGUAUGUAGAACUCAAUUAAAAACAUUCUAGAAUAAUCUGUGUGUGAUAAUGUACAUGAGAAAUACUAUCUGUUCUUUGGGGGCAUAAAAUACCUGACUUAAUAUUUACAUGUAACUACAAUGCUUGCAGGUGUUUUAAACAAAAAUGAAAAUUUUAAGCGUGUUGCACUACAUCUUAUAACCAAAUUAUUAAUAACAUAAUCUCUUAUUAAUAAUACCAAUAUUAAACAGCCAUUAGUCAUUAUUGCUAGCCUAAAUAAGUGUAAGUGUAGGUCCUUUUCUAAUGUCUAGUAAUUUUAACUGCAUUUAAAGAUAGAUUUCCUCAAGUUUAAUCAGGGGUUAAACAAUGGUCCUCCUCUUCUGGAAACUGAAAAGAAGCUUCCCUCCCUUUAGCGUAUGCAAGAAUUUGCUUUCUUCCCACUGAAUUAAAUCCAUCCUUGACAUUGCCAUUUGCUAACCUCAGUUGUUUUAUCUGCUCCAUUAAAGUUAGGGCCACCAAAAAUAAUGAUACCAAGACCACAACACCCUGGGUGGGUUUGUGCCUACCACAGAUAUGCUCCUUCCCACCUUAUCCUUGUUCUCAAUGUCAGUUUAAGAGACUUUUAGAACAUUGCUCUUAGUAUUAUUUCUAAACUGGAUAAGAGAGUUGACUUGUGGUCUAUAUAUGGUGUUCAAAGAAUCCACUAACCCUGUGAAACACUGUGUUUGUUCAUUCUUAUAGGGCGAGGGUCUCAGCAGGCAUGGGCAUCUUAAAGGGCCCUGUGAUACCCAAAAAGCUAAAGUUCUGUUUGCUAAAGACAAGUAGGAAGUUUAAAGCAUCACUUCAGAGGCUGCUUUGUAUUUUGUGUGUGGGCCUCAAGGGAAAGGCAUUUUGAAACUUUAGUUAAGGAAUACCUUGUAGUUGAUCAGAUUAUAAGAAUUACAGCCAACAAACAAAAAUCUGUUUCUAAAGGACGAUAGGUUUUUUAAGAAAGUUUUAUUAAAUGCAUUUAACCAUUUUUCAAUUUGUUCUCUACUGAAAAUGUAUGGAUAAGAAGUUAAAUUAAUUCAAAAUGGGUCCCCAAAAUAGUUCUUUAACUUCUUAGGAAUGCCUAGGGAUAUAUAUGCAUUUAUUAUAAUUGCAUGCAUAGUAGUGCGUGUUUUGUGUUCCUGGGUGACAGUGAUCAGAAUGUUACCAAUGGUGUGGCCAGGUCACACUGCAGUCUUCCUGUUCUCCUUUGUACUUACUUGCUCUGCUCUUCUUUGCUCCCUUUUCUGAGGAAUGUCCCUAGAAGUUGGCCCAGACCUUGCUUUUGUGGAGAUCUGUCAACAGAGCUUUAUCUCCCAGCAGGGUCUUGUAGCUUAUCUGUGGGUCCAGUGUAUGAUAAUUAGAACUUAAAGGAUACUAGUCAGACUGCAGUUCAUCAUAACCUUUUUUAAAAAUGCUAAACCACUUCAGUCCUAACUGUGCAUUUUCUAAAUUGUUCAGUGGCUAUUAGAAAUACAUUAAUUAUUUCUGUGCUCCUUUUUGGAUAUAGAUCCUUAUAUGCAUAAUUAUUGUUAUUUAAAAUUUAUAAUUCCAUGCAUUGUUUUAGGGGUGGGGGAAGGUUAGCACCCUUCUUGUUUUCCAUGUACACUAACAUUAAGAUUUUGGUGCACUCCCUACUGAACCAAAGGGAAAGGGCAUAUUUGAGAGAAAACAUGUGCUUUUCUCAGACUCCAAUAAUUAGGCUGAUGCACUUGAUUUAUGUUACACAUUGAGUUCAUUCUUAAGGUAAACAUUUUACAGUAUGCCUCCUGGCUCACAAAUCAGUUCUUUUUCUUCUAAACAUUCCUCUGUCUUGCUAAUAAAAUCCAAUUUCCGGAAUCAUACUUGCUAAGCAAAUGUGUGUAAUACCAUAAAUUUAUCUGAAUCAUUUAUUAUUUAAAGAAUAGUGUAUAAGAAUUUAAACAGAAGUCAUUGAUCAGUGAAAGUGACAGAAAAGAAGCAAAAUAAAAAUGGAAUUAUGGUAGAAUAAACUAAAAGGCCUUACUUUAGGGAAUUAUUGGGAAAACUGAGCUCAGAUAUGAGGUCUGGGGCUUUGUAGGCAAUACUUUAUCUUAAAUUAGAAUCUGUAGGAAUCCCCUUAUCACUUAGACUUUUUUUGCCAGUGUGCAUUGCUUGUUUAGUAACCAGGUAAGAACAUUUGAAAUACAACUUAUAUAACAUAUUUAUAACUAUUACUGCUACAUAUGGACUAACAUUUUUAGGCUCAUUGCUAUCCCUUGUAAAAAUUUUUAAUGGCUAAGUGCCCUAUAAAAGGCUACCUGCCUGUGUAAAUAGGUCUUAGCUCUCAGUCUGGUACAGCUUGGCAAAUUCUUUUUGACAUAGCUUGAGUUGCCAGGAAUGUAGGGGCAUCAUUCCUUGCCCAUGAACAUACAUCCUCUUUGCUGGUGAAGGUGAAAUCUGAGCCAGAGGAUUCUGUAGGACCUAGUACAGUGGCCAUCCUCUCAGUGAGCACAUUUAGGGAAGCAGUCUUAUUGCUCUCUUAUCUUAAUAAUUUGUUAUCUUUCUGAGAUUGUGUAUAACCUCACUUGGAAUGUUAUUUCCCUGAACCAUUGUGCUUCACAGAUGUUGUGACCAUUUCCCCUUGGGAAAUAUCAAGCCAGGCCAAAUAUGUAUGACCAUGAGUGUGCAUGAACUUGACAAAUGAAAUCGGUAUCUUUAAAAUUAUCAUACUCUUUUUCUUAAAGUCACAAUUUAAAGCUGGAGGCUUCACUCAAAGUGUCCGGUAGCAUAUUUGUCCGUUUGUUUGUUUAAAGAACAGCAACACACUUAUAUUUAAUUUGUUUUCAUGAGACAGCUACUUUUUUUCUUCUCUUUUUCUUUCUUUCUUUUUAGUGUAGUCCACACAAUGUUACAUUAGUUUCAGGUGUACAACUUAGUGAUUUGAUAAUUUUGUACAUUACACUCUGUUUACCACAACAGGCAGCAUUUUUUCUGUAGCCCGGAAUAAGCUGUGUAAGAAUUAAAGGACACCCUCUGCUGAAUGUAAGGCAGGUACCUCCAUUAUUUUCCCACAAAUUUUAUCAUGAUAAACCAGUGCCAUAUUCAGAACUUUAAAGGAGGUUUUUACUUCUCGGUAUCCAAACAUUGCACACAUUAUUCAGGUAAAAGACACUGGUAUCAUAAGAGUUCCUCCCUUAAUGUUUUUGCGGUAAUUGAGAACAAACCCUGUAUUUAAGGGAUGUAUUGUUACUGUAUCUUUUGAGUUUCCACAGCCAAAAAUAUAAGAGCAAUAACUAGGUACAGGUCUAUUAUUUUUAGAAAAAUUAGUUUUAUUCAGUCAUCGAUAAGAGACACUCCCCACCUUAUAAUUGAGACUCAGUAAACCACAAAGUUCAAGAAGGGUUGUGUAGCAAGUUGCAACUCUUCCAGUGUUUUCAUGGUGUUAUGCACUUGUCAUUCUAGUGGUGGUCAUUUGCCAGUCUUCUUUGAUGGAAGAGAGACUGGCUAUCCAGUUUUCUCUAUGUUGACUGACAGGUCUCAAGUAAGAAUUUAUUUUCCAUGAAGAAAAGUAAAUAAAUGGAAAGAUUUUCAGAACAGUAAAUCUUACCUGAAUGUUCCAUAAUCUCUGGACCCCGUUCAGAAGUGACCAAGACAAACCUCAAAACAUAAAAGCAAAAGUCGGGCUAUACUGCAGGGGACAGAUUCUAAUCUAAUUAAGAAC